CUUCUUCCUCAGCUGCUCUCUGCUGCCAGCUCUCUCCCAGCACCAUGGCCUUCAGCGGCAAAUAUGAAUUUGAGAGUGAGAAGAAUUACGACGAGUUCAUGAAGCGCCUGGGUCUUCCAGGAGAUGUGAUUGAAAGGGGACGUAACUUCAAGAUCAUCACAGAGGUCCAGCAGGAUGGACAGGACUUCACCUGGUCCCAGUCUUACUCUGGAGGCAACAUCAUGAGCAACAAGUUCACCAUUGGCAAAGAAUGUGAAAUGCAGACCAUGGGGGGCAAGAAGUUCAAGGCUACCGUGACGAUGGAGGGUGGGAAGGUGGUGGCAAACUUCCCCAACUAUCACCAGACUUCGGAGGUCGUGGGUGACAAGCUGAUUGAGAUCUCCACCAUCGGGGAUGUGACCUACGAGCGUGUAAGCAAGAGGCUGGCUUGAGCCACCAGGCUGGGGCUCUGAGGGGCUACAACCCACCAAUAAAAGCAUUCCAUGGAUCACCAUUGCUAGCUCC